UUUCGGUUCUAAGCUGCAAGGCGGAAGUUAGCGCAAGAUCAGCUUCCGGGGAAACAAAAAGUAGCGUGAAAAUCUUGCGUUUCAAAAUCAACGUUUAAAAUGUCAAGUCGUAGACGACACGACUCUUAUAGUGAUGAAGAAGAUGGUCCUUCCUCAGCAAGAAAGAGAAGACGAGUAUCAGAAAAUGUUGACAUUGAAGACAGACUUGAAUCACUUAUAACUAGAGUUGGAGAAAAGAGUACAUCCUCUUUAGAAAGUAACCUUGAAGGCUUAGCUAGUGUCCUGGAGGCAGACUUGCAGAAUUACAAGACAAAAAUCUUGAAAAUUUUAGUAGAAUGUGUAGCAGCUUUACCAGAGAAGAUGGCUGUGUAUACCACAUUAGUGGGUCUUCUUAAUGCAAAAAACUACAACUGUGGAGGAGAGUUUACUGAACUAUUAGUAAGACAUUUAAAAGAAGCUCUGAAGACAGGAGAAUUUGAUAAUGCUUUGUUAAUUGUACGAUUUUUAUCUGACCUAGUAAACUGUCAUGUAAUUGUUGCUGGUUCACUGAUUGCAAUGUUUGAUAACUUUAUAGAAGUGACAUUGGAAGACAACAUACCUCAGGUUAGGUCAGAUUUCUAUGUAUACGCUGUCAUGGCCUCAUUACCAUGGGUUGGUAAAGAACUCCAGGAAAAGAAGGAGCAGGAAUUUAAUAAGCUAUUGAUGUCAAUAGACAAUUAUAUAAGCAAGAGACAAAAGAUUCAUGCCCCUACGCUGAGAGUUUGGACUUCAGAUGAUCCUCAUCCACAAGAAGAGUAUUUGGACUGCUUGUGGUCACAGAUAAAGAAUCUCCGAGCCAAUAAAUGGGCAGAGAAACAGAUAACACGCCCAUACCUAGCUUUUGAUGGUGUUUUAUGUGAAGCCUUACAGCACACUUUACCACAGAUAAUACCACCAUCACACAAUGACGAAAUGAGCUAUCCUUUGCCAAGAGUUAUUUUUAGAAUGUUUGAUUAUACCGAUGUACCAGAGGGACCAGUUUUACCAGGAAGUCAUGCAAUUGAACGAUACCUUAUAGAAGAACAACUGAGAAGAAUUAUAUUCAAACAUGCAUUUGAUCGCAAAGACUGUGCCGCUUCAUUACUGAGUUAUCCAAUGAAGAACAAAGUGCCACUCAAUUAUAUGAUUGUAGAGGUGAUGUUUGGAGAGUUGUUUUUGUUACCCCGGUGUCCUAGACUAGAGAUAUAUUAUGGUUCUACAUUUAUAGAGUUAUGUAAACUACAGCCUGGAUCUAUGCCCCAAGUUUUAGCUCAAGCCACAGAACUUUUAUUUGAAAGACUUGAUUCAAUGAAUCUUUCCUGUAUUGAAAGAUUAACCAACUGGUUUGCCUAUCACUUAAGUAAUUUCCAGUUUCGAUGGAGUUGGGAUGAUUGGAGUUCAUGUUUACAAAUGGAUCCAGAACUACCCAAACCAAAGUUUAUCAAAGAAGUGCUCAUCAAAUGUAUGAGGUUAUCCUACCAUCAAAGAAUUGUGGAGACUUGUACUGAAGAUUUUGCACCAUUGAUACCAGAGAAACCACAGUCUCAUUUUAAAUAUGAGAAGGAAGGGUCAGGGUCAUUACCAGGGACUAUGACAGCUCAUCAGCUGAUCCAAGCCAUCAAAUCAAAAUGUACUCCAGAGGAAACCAUGGGGAUAUUGAAAGAUUUACCCAACCCCUUGAAAGAAGAUGAUGAAACUGAUCCAACGUACCAUCCACUAAGAAUUGAUGUAUUUGUGUCAACAUUGCUACAUUUAGGAAACAAAUCAUUUAGUCACUCUUUUGCAGCUAUUGCCAAAUUCCACCACAUUUUAAAGUUACUAGCAGACACAGAAGAAGGACAGAUUUGGGUGUUACGGACAAUGUUUGAAGUUUGGAGAUCACAUCAACAAAUGAUGGUAGUUUUAGUGGACAAAUUAUUGAAGACACAAAUCAUAGAACCAUCAGCUGUGGCUAACUGGUUGUUCUCUAGUGAAAUGCAACCAGAAUUUACAAAAUUUUAUGUCUGGGAGAUAAUGCACAGUACAAUAACAAAGAUGAGUAAACAUGUUGAUAAACUACAGAAAGAAGUAGAUGACGCUAAAGACAAACUGGAUGCUUACAAAAGAAGGAUAAAUGAUGGUUUAGAAGAUGAUGAUGAUGACGAAGUACCCACAGAAUCUCUGAUAGAGAGAAUGGAGGAAAGAUUAGAUCUGGCACAAAAUCAACAAAAGAGACUUUUUCUUAUCAUAUUUCAGAGAUUUAUUAUGGUUUUAUCUGACCAUCUUGCCAACUGUGAGUCGAAUGGCAUUGAUUACAGCACACCAUGGUAUAAAUGGUGUAUAGAAAGAUUACAGCAAAUAUUCCUUUUACACCAUGAAUUGGUAUACAGAUACAUCAGUACAUUAGAGACAUUGUUAUUCACAAGUGACAUUGAUUUCCAUAUCUUGGAAAUAUUCCAACAGUUCUGUGCAUUACGAUCCUGAAAUUUAUGUUCUCAUUAUCAUCAUUGUUAUAGACAAGUCAUUGAGUCAUAGGAUUUUUUUCUGUCAUCAUUAAUUUUGUUUAAACUUGAGGUAAUGUGUUGUUGUAAUACAUGAUAAAAUAAAUGUAUGACCAUGGUAUUUAUGAGAACAAAUGAAAUAGUAUGAAGACUGUACAUAUUUCAUUUAGAAAAAAAUCUCUUUUUUUUUUCAAUAGGGAAUGCAAAGAUACAGUUACUGUAAAACAACUUAUUUUCGCAAACAAUUUAUUUACACGAAUUUCACGAUCAGAAAAAAUAGCGCAAAUAUAAACCAACACUUAUAUGUAAAACUUGGAUUUUUCCCUUUAUAUCUCCAUCAUGUUAGUUUUAGAGGUGCAAAAUUAAAUCGCCACGAAUUGGGCUAGAUAGGGCUAAAUGUGAGAUAAAGUACCCGUGACAGUAAGUUGGUUUACAGUAUGAAUGUAUGUAGUCAGUUUCCACAUUGAUGUUACCUUGUUAAUGGUUAUAGUCACAGAUAUAGAAGAUAGACAAAACAUAAGGAAAAUUAAAACUAGAUACAUAUGGCUUCAACAUUUUACUGAUAUUCUUGCAAUUACCAAUUGUAAAAUUUAUUUUCAUUUUACUGAGAGCUUUUUAUACGACUGCAAAAUUAAAAAAGAAUCUUGUUGUAAAUUGAUAUCACGUCCUCGUCAUUGUCAGUGUUGUCCAAAGACAGAUGAUUUCUGGAUAAUAACUUUAGUAUAAGUAGAAAUCAACAUUCAUUCUGUGUCAGAAACCUAUUCUGUGUCAAAUAUUUAAUCACAAUCCAAAUUCAGAGCUGUAUCAAGCUUGAAUGUUGUGUCCAUACUUGCCCCAACUGUUCAGGGUUUGACUUCUGUGGUGUAUCAAGCUGCGCCCUGGGGAGCAUCUGGUUUAGUAUUAAAACAUUCUUAAUGAAAAGUAAGUAAAACAUUUCUGAAGCAUAAUAUAUCAAAGAUAUUAAAAGUGAUUCAGAAAGUUGCAGUGCUCUUUCAUUGAAUCCAUGCACCUUCAAGUUAUGUAUACUUUCAAGAAACUAUUUUUUAUGAAGAAUUUCAAAUAUUCAGUUUGUACACCAUGUCAUUGUUACUGAAUUUGAUAAAAUUGUAAAUUAAAAUAUCAAAUGUGAA